AUGGGCCUCUACUCCAAAUACUAUGCCUUCGGGCUCCCAUCCUUUCUCGUCGUAAUAAUCGCAUUAUACCUCCUAUUCACUGACUCUGGGGAGGCAUUCAAUGUAGGACAGUUCCUCGAGGAGUCAAGUCCUUACGCGUGGGCAUCUGUGGGGAUUGGUCUUUGCAUCGGGUUGAGUGUGUUGGGGGCCGGAUGGGGAAUCUUUGUGACCGGUGCAUCCAUUCUCGGCGGAGGCGUGAGGGCACCUCGGAUACGUACCAAGAACUUGAUUAGUGUCAUUUUCUGCGAAGUCGUGGCCAUAUACGGAGUGAUUAUGGGUAUCGUGUACUCUUCGAAGCUGGAGUCCAUCUCUGAGGAACUCCUCUACACCAAGGCGAACUAUUUCACUGGUUAUGCACUUUUUUGGGGAGGGCUGACCGUCGGCAUGUGCAACCUCCUCUGUGGUGUCUCGGUCGGUAUCACUGGCUCUACCGCCGCCCUCGCAGAUGCCGCCGACCCUAAUCUCUUCGUCAAAAUCCUCAUUGUCGAGGUGUUUGGCAGUAUCCUGGGCUUGUUCGGACUCAUC